AUGCUUUGCCGUGCACCGUCUCCACACAAACCAUUUUCCCCAUCGUGCACCAAGACAUUAAGCCGUAAACCGUGCUGCGGCGCCACAGCGCUCAGGAAAUGGUCCUCGCCGACUUUGGACUUGGACGGCGAGUGGAUGUGGCAAACGUGGCAACCCGUGCGGGCCUUCUUCAGUACGUCGCCCCUGAGUGCUGACCUUUGUUGCUACACGACAAAGGUGCGUGUGUGGUUGAUGGGUUGCAUCAUGUGCAGCAUGAUCACUUGUCGUGUAACCUCGAGGGCGGCAUCGUUGGUGAUGAUCAGAGCUCUGAGGAAUUCAAACGUCUACGGGAAGACUGUCCAAGGCAUGGGGUAG